UAAAGGCCCUGGGGUUGGGAGCAGGGGGAGGUGGUGCUAUUGCAUCCUGAGCAGAAAAGUCAGCUGAGUGUAUAGGCAGUGCAUGAGCGCAAGAGGAGAGAAAGCCCGCAGGAGAGACCUAUAGGAAUCCGUGGAGAAUAGGAAGAUCUUUUGAACACAGAGGAUACAAAUCUGGGUGCAAUUUUUCCGAGCCAGGCUUUUUUACGCAUCCACCAUCAAGUUUAUUUUUCCCAUAUUAUGCGUUUUUUCUCAUUGGAGUUUCUUUAUGGGCAAGCCAAGGAUUGUUGGAAGGAGCAUGGUGUUUAGAUCCGCAUAGUGAAGUUGGGCACAUAAAGAAAACUCCGUGGAAGUAGAGAAGGCAGAAAGAGUGGCCCAUUGAGUAUCAGCAGCCCAUCAUUUGCUACAAAGGGUCUCUUUGUAACCAAGGCCCAUUGCACUCAGGACAUCAAGCAGUGGCCAUUGGUUAUUUAAUGUGUUCCACCUCAAGACACUGCAAAUUGAUGCAUCCUGCCUACGUUCUGUGCUUCUGUGUGGCACUGCACCCAAGGGCCACCUUAUAAAGCUGCCACCCUAGCCAUGGGCCCUCAGGUGCUUUUAUGAUCAUGGGCUAACCACAGAACCAACAUUGAUACAGAUCAUGCUUUUUUGCACCUUGUAUGGUGAGAUACAUGUGUUGAAGAAAGCAAGGUGUUGAAGCAAAAAAAGUAAUUCUGGCACAUACAUCUUUAAUGAACAAAUGGCUUUAUCAGGCUGCCCAGAUGCAUUCUUACAUCCCUACUACCAGGAUAAUGUCGAUCAAACGACAGCUUGCUCCCCGAGAGGUCUGGUGGAAACGGGAUUCACAUCUAAGAGAAUAUCACUAAACCCUGAUGAUGAUGUUGAUCUAGAGGCCCUGGUAAAUGAUAUGAACUCCUCACUGGACAACCUUUACUCCACAUGCACCAGUGUCUCUGAAUCUGUGCCACUUUUAAAAAAUGGUCAGCUUAACAGAAGCCAACUACCAAACUCAGGAACCAACUCUCUUCCGUCCAUGCCUCAUAAACAGAAGCUUCAGCGUUCCCAACCAAUGCAUAUACAUGCAGUCCGGCGUCUCCAAGAGGAACAGCUGCGCACAUCAUCUUUGCCGGCAAUUCCAAAUCCAUUUCCAGAACUUUGCACUCCAGCCAGUUCACCAGUUCUUGUACCAGGGUCUUUACCUCAAAAUCAGCCAGUAGGCAAGAAAAGUGUGGUUAAAGUCUUUAGUGAAGAUGGGACAAGCAAAGUGGUGGAAAUUCUAGCAGACAUGACAGCCAGGGACUUCUGCCAGCUACUGGUUUACCAAAGUCAUUGUGUGGAUGAUAACAGCUGGACGCUAGUGGAGCACCACCCUCACCUAGGAUUAGAAAGAUGCCUAGAGGAUCAUGAAAUGGUGGUCCAUGUACAAUCAAUGAUGUCAAGUGAAAGCAAGUUUCUGUUCAGAAAGAAUUAUGCAAAAUAUGAAUUUUUUAAGAAUCCUGUGAAUUUCUUUCCAGAACAGAUGGUGGCUUGGUGUCAACAAUCAAAUGGCAGCAUUCCCCAGUCUCAAUUACUGCAGAAUUUUUUAAAUGCCAACAGUUGCCCUGAAAUUCAAGGCUUUUUGUAUGUAAAGGAGGUGGGGAAGAAAUCUUGGAAAAAAUUAUUUGUGUGUCUGCGACGAUCUGGCCUUUACUGCUCCACAAAAGGAAUGUCAAAGGAACCAAGGCAUUUGCAAGGAAUCUCAGACCUAGAAGAUAGCAAUAUUUAUUCAUUGAUAAGCUGCAAGAAACUUUAUAAUGCGCCAACAGAUUUUGGAUUUUGUGUCAAGCCCAACAAAGUGAGAAAUGAGGUUAAAGAGCUGCGUUUUUUAUGUGCAGAAGAUGAACAAAGCAGGACUUGUUGGAUGACAGCAUUCAGGCUUCUCAAGUAUGGGAUGUUGCUUUAUCAAAACUACAGAAUUCCACAGCAGAAAAAAAGCUUGCACACAAACUUUUCUACCCCAGUGAGGAGUGUAUCAGAAAAUUCCUUAGUUGCAAUGGAUUUCUCUGGGCAGACUGGAAGAGUUAUUGAAAAUCCAGUAGAAGCACAAAGUGCUGCUAUGGAGGAAGGCCAUGCUUGGAGGAAACGCAGCUCACGACUGAAUGUUCUUGGUAGCCAAAGUCCACUUCAUCCUUCCACACUAAGCACAGUAAUUCAUAGGACACAACAUUGGUUUCAUGGCAGAAUUUCUAGAGAGGAAUCGCAAACUAUCAUUAAGCAACAGGGGCUUGUGGAUGGGCUUUUCCUUUUAAGAGACAGCCAGAGCAACCCAAAGGCAUUUGUGCUUACACUGUGUCAUCACCAGAAAAUAAAGCAUUUCCAGAUUUUACCAUGCGAAGAUGAUGGUCAGCUAUUUUUCAGCCUUGAUGAUGGGAAUACCAAAUUUAUGGAUCUAAUACAACUUGUUGAGUUUUAUCAGCUAAACAAAGGUGUCCUGCCCUGCAAGCUCAAACACCACUGCAUUAGAGUGGCCUUAUGACCUCAGGCAUAGACUAUAGGGAUGGUCUUGGCUUGGGUGGGAAGAAGGCAUGUUUUAACAUGCACCUUGUGACUCUGAUGUAAGCAGCUGGUGCCAACUCAUCAUUAUUCUCUGGUUUAAAAUAGGUCUACAAGGAGUUGUCAUGUUCCAUUGUCCCCAGUGGCAAAGCUGGGUGUGUUGACUGAAAAAAAUUAAGCAAACACCUGCAAUCAUUUUUAGGCUGGGUUGUUCACCAGUUAAAAGUGUUGAUCAAUACUGCAAGUUGGGUUGGCUAGAAAUGGGAAUUAGUUUAGCAAGUGGGUAGGUGUGAAUAAGGACUAUUGCCCUGGAGUAAUCUUGACAAUAAAGACUGGUCUGUUUACUUUUUUUAUUUUUAAAUUGAAAUACAUUUUGCACUCCUGGAUUACGGCCUUUAAAAAAGAGCUGGUGCGGCAUUUUUUAAUUCAUGCAGCAGAUAGCUUGCUGUAAUGUGUGAAUUGCAACAGCCUAAAAGGAUUAUGGGGAAAAAUCAAGAUGUUUCUAAGAAGGCUUUGUGCUCCUGUCACCUGCAUGUAUCUUUCUGAAAGCUCUUCUGGAGAUUGGAUAAAGCCCUAGAUUUCCUCUUACUCUUUACUUACCAAUAAGCGAAGUGGCUGUUAAAUGUCUGUCCUAAUAAGCUUGAGUCUGUAAGUGAUAACUAUGCAUAAAUGUUUGAACUACAGUUUUACUCUACCUUAAAUACACCUAUUGUAUUCAUCAGGAAAUGACAUGGUUUUCAGACAAAAUAUGGUUAAAUAGUCACAGGCUGUAUUUUUGUGAAACAUUUCAAUUGUCUACCUAGAGUAACAAAUUUUCUUCUCUGUAUCCAUCAUCUGUAUAUUUUUUUUUCUUUAACAAACACUUCCUUGGUCUAAAGGAAGAUAAAAUAAAUACAGUACUCGUCUGGAAAUAGGAAUUUAACAUACCAUGACCGUUUUCUGUGGUCUUGAGCUAAGCUGCUUUUGUGUUUAGUUCUGUCCAUAGAAGGGCUAUAAAAUAGUUAAAAGUCGGGGUUUUGUACCUAGGGAUCACUCCUGGUACAAGCAGAAGCUUUAGUGAUUCGUAUCAGCUGUAAUUUCCAACAACAAUUUAGAAACACUGUAUUCUGGAUUAAGGAACACAUUCUGUCAUACCGUUUUUCAUGUAAAGUCUGCAUAUAAAAUGAAGAAACUUGAUUUUAUGUUUUAGUUUUGUUUUUUUUCUGUAUAUAAUGUUUUGUGUGUGUUUUAUUAUUUAAAUUUUAACUCUGAAUAUGUUAAAUGCUCCACAGACACGGGCAAUGCUUUCACUGAGAACAUUUAAGCAGCCAGUGGAACCAGCAAUGCAUUGCCCUAUAACUGGGCUCUCCAAAUGGAGACCUGUCGGCUGGAUGUGACCGUCCAAGGCAUUUUUGUGCUCAGCCUGCUUAGAGGCUUAACUGACAUCUUUGAAUGUCACUUAAAUAUAAUUGGCCUGCUACAUAUAAAAAGUUGGUCAGCACUACCUAAAAUGUGCCCUUAGCAUCCUUUUCCCUGGCUGUAAAAGUGGCGGUGUGCCAUUUCUUAUGUAGUCAGUAAUACUGCAUUAAUGCCCAAAUAUGUUAAGUCUUUUCACCUCAUGUGUGGAGCAUUAGUUGCCUCACCUGUGACAAGCAGCAUUUUGUUUAAUUGAUUGCUUUGCAUCACCGUUCCCUAUUCUGUUUUUGCAAACUUCAAUUUCCCCCAAUAAAAAAAAUAUUAAGUGACCGUCCCUGGGUCACUUAGUGUAUCUGUGCCUACAUCUGUGGAUUGGUAUGUCCUAUGAUAAGAGACCUCUUUGUCUUUUUGUAAUCCAUAUGUAAAACGCAUCUUAUUAAAAGGUCUGUAAA